ACCUCCUCCAACCCCGCUAGCUAUACUCUCGUCUCGUCGCUUUUACGCAGCUUUCAUAAGGCGGCAACCUCUCAGAUCGUAAAUAGAGCUUCUAUUGCUCCUCGAGGCGAAUUAGCGAAACAUAAAGAUUGAGCACGCAGACUCUCCAUUGUUCCUGGAUCACCUUCGCGACACCGUACCGUCCGUUCCACUCACCAUCACCCAUCAUUAUGGCUGCUGUACAUGGUCCUAUAGUACCCACCCAUCCUUCCCCAUUUCGGAAUGCCCAGAGCGUUCCCCAUUCUCGAAUGGGUUAUCAUCCCGCUCCCUCGGCACCACCUAAGCCUCAGUCUACUCAGCCUACGACAAGACACUCUGACCCUUUUUAUGGUCACGAGCAGGUUUCCCGUUUGUGUGCUCGGUUCAUCACCCAUCUCUUUGCUUGUCCAGAGUACCCACCUUCCUCUUCUAACUCCCAAGUAAAGCUCCCUCAUUUCAUCGCGUAUGCUCUUCAUCGUACCAAACUUCAUUCCUCCGUAACCUUCGCUGCUCUUGUCUUGCUCCAGCGACUGAAGGCGCGCUUUCCCACCGCUCGGGGUUCUUCGGGUCACCGUCUGUUCGUCUCCGCUUUCAUGCUCGCAUCAAAGGUUAUCUGUGACGACACUUACUCCAACAAAUCCUGGAGUAUUGUAGCGCAGGGCAUGUUUCAGUUGCGGGAAAUCAACCAGAUGGAGCGCGAGAUGUGUCAGUAUCUGGAGUGGGAGCUUAAUGUGGAUCCGGUAACGCUGAGGGAGUUUGAGGACAUGGUUAAGAAGGAUUUUGUUGGUCAAGGACCCUACCCGACUUAUAUUCUUCCUUCAUCCUCGAAGACCACCCCUCCUCCUACCACGAAUCCCUUCCCGCCUCCUCCAGCUGCUCUGGCGCCCACGCCUUCAUAUGGCCACCGUUAUCCAUCGCCUCCGAAGCCCGCUUUUCCCCAAUCAAAUUCAACCUACAUUACUUCGCCCACAACACCGGACACGCCGUCACCAUGUUAUUCAACAUCGACGUCUCCAGCGUCGACGGCAUCGCCCCCAACACCCCCGGGUAUGGAGGACUGUACCGCUCGUAUCGUAUCAGCUUCGUCAUCUCCAGGUAUCCCAAAACACGAGCCUGUUCCGAUUCCACCUCCAUCAAAGCACAAGAUGUUUGCGUUCGCUUCGCCGGCCGUCUGGUGAAGGGAGCUCAUUGAGUGCAUCGUGGUCUUUGUUGCAUUUCUUACUGCCACUACACACUCAUUUUUGCUCGUCUUGAUGACGCCGCUAACAUAUACUCUUUCAUCGCCGUCGGUCAGCAUCGAUCGCUCGCGGUGUUUUAUUUACCAGGACUAUCUAUACCCUGCAGCAUCAUUACUUGGCCCAAGGCUGCUCUGGGACCGUGCUUCACCUACUGCAUUAUCAUCAUAUGUUGUGUCAAUAGCGCAUUACAGUAUUUCAAUUGGCAUAUGUACAACUAUACUAAAGAAUCAAAAAUGCCACAAUCACUCUGCAAUAUCAGAAUGAAUGCGAGACAUUAAUUGAUGAGAAUUGGGAGCAUUUGAUGCCCUGCCUCGAGGCACGUGCGACAACCGGCAGAUCGCUUCCACGCACAGAUAAUUGCUUCAGACCUUCACACACCAAGUCGUAC